AUGAAUGACAUAGCAGAUCAAUGCGAGUAUAAAAAAGAUCAAAGCGAUAUUUCGAAAGAAUUAUGUGCCUGGAUCGAAAGUAUUCCUUUUACGAAACCUAAGAAGAAUAUAUCUCCUCUGUCGUUAUACAGAGAUUUAUCGGAUGGCGUCUUGUUAGCUGAAAUUCUCAAGUAUUAUUAUCCCCGUUACGUUGAUCUUCAUAAUUACAUACCUGCAAAUAAUUUUUUCUUGAAGAAAGAUAAUUGGAAUACAUUAAAUCGUAAAGUAUUAACGAAGAUCGAUAUGAAAUUGAACAAAGAUAUUAUAAGUUUACUCGCUAAUUGUCAUCAAGGAACAAUAGAGAAGCUCCUUUUUGAGAUCAAAAACAAAAUCGAAAGAAUCAAUCAUCAGGAUGUUUUGUCGUUAAAUGAAACGCGAAAUGAUGAGCUAGUUAACAAUAACGUUAAAUUAUCGGAAAAUCUGAAUAAUCGGGAUUCUAUUGAAAUGUUAACAUCUAAGAAUGCGAAGAUUAAAGAAUUUUCUGUUUCUCGUCAAUUAAAGAUAAAUUGUAUAAAGGGAGCGAUAUUUAACGCUACAAAAUGGUUGUUUAGUUGGUUCUGCUUUUGGAAUUUCUUCCUGAGUUAUGGACGAAAGAAUAAUGUAAUAGAAGAUAUAAAAAUCGAAGUUGAUCAGAAAGACGAAGACGUACCACAUCAAAUUUGUAUUCAAUUGAAGCAAGAAUUACGUGAGAAAGAUAAUCUAAUAUGUACUCUGAAUCAUAAAAUCGCUUAUCUGGAAGGAGCAAUGAAGUUGAAAGAUCUACGCAUAUCUGGUCUAACGUCACAAAUAGUACAAAACGCCGUGGAAAUGGAUAACUUUGGUAAAUGUCAAGGAAAUGAACAUCAAUCGAAAACACGUAUACGUUUUUUCUCUAAUAAUCACAAACAUAGCGAAAAUGAAAUCAACAUGAUGCUAUAAAUACACUUUGAGAGAUAUUUUUGAUAUAUGAUCUUCUGGAAUGUAACUUUUUCGAUCAUUAUCUUUCUUAAUGUAUAGCUUAUAUAUCCGCUAAUAUCUAUAUAUGAGGAAUGUAUUAAUAAGUGAUUUCAAAUUAAUUUUGUGGAAGAAAGAUAUACAAGACAAGAAAAAAUGCUAUCAAGGUGACUUUCAAGAGAAACUAAUACUUGUAUGUUGAAACUAAUACGAGUACUUUAUAUCAGAUAUUUUUAAUGAGUCUUAUGUGGUCUGAUUUUUUCUCUUUUUAAACUGAUAGAUUUAAAAAUAUAUC